CAAAAAGUCGUGGAUCUUAUCUUGUCAGUGAGAGCUAGCGAGUGAGUUGUGAGUGAGCGACAUGUCCAGAGGAGGGCGGUGGACGGGCGUCCUCGGCGACGUCGGAGGUUGGAGGAUGCCGGGAUAGCCAGGCGCAGUCUGAGUACGUACGCCUUCCCCGUCCUCCUCCAUUGCGAGCUCUACUGGCACAUGCAUUCUUCACGCAAUCCCCGCCAAAGGUGCCCAGGGCCUACGCACUUUCGAGAUAAGUUCAACGCAAAAGGGUCUGUGCCUCAGACGCACGUUAUCUCGAAGCAAAUUCCUCCUGAAAUACCUGGAUUCUUGGGCGUCCCUGUCAUCCUCGAACGCGCAUCUAAGACAGAUGGAUUCUGAGCAGCUUGAACAGGACCUCCUCGAGCUGUCUCGGACAGUGUCUUCUUACCCUGCCAUCGACAACCAUGCCCAUGCAUUCCUGAAGGUCGAGAACCGCGACGCGAUGCCCUUCGAGGGCCUUAUCUCCGAAGCCUCUGGGCCAGCGUUGACAGAGGAUGCUGUUCAUACUUUGGCCUGCUACCGAGCCACGGCGCAGUUGGCGGAACUCUUCGGGUUGGGCAAGAAUGCGAGCUGGGAGGACGUGAAGAGAAGACGAAAGGAGCUCGAGUACGACCAGCUCUGCCGCCUCUGCAUGGAGCCCACCCGGAUCCAGUGCAUACUGAUCGACGACGGGCUAGGGGUGCGCGACUUGGUGUACGAGUACAAGUGGCAUGAUCGCUACACCAGCAGCCCCACGAAGCGGAUCGUCCGAAUAGAAGUGGUCGCGCAGGACAUCCUGAAGGAUCUCAUUGAUGCGCAAGUCACAGGCGCAGUGCUCGCACCCUACACACUCUGGCAGUCAUUUGCGGCCAAACUCGCGGCGCAGCUCAAGGCGAGCGCGGCGGACCCAGAGGUCGUCGGCUUCAAGUCGGUCGCGUGCUACAGGACUGGCCUCGACAUCAGCGUGACGCAGGAGUUCGCGGACAUCGAAGUCGGUCUUGUGCAGCUCGCUCUGAGGUAUGAAGCUACGAACAAUUUGCGCUUGUCGGAGAAGGCGGUCAAUGACUAUGUCGUGACCACCGCGCUUCGCGUUGCGGGCGAGUGUGGCAAACCGGUGCAGUUCCACACGGGUCUGGGAGACAACGACAUCACGCUAUCGAAGUCAACGCCUGCGCUCAUGCAGCCAGUGAUCAAAGCCUUCCCCAACACCAAAUUCGUCCUCCUGCACUCCAGCUAUCCAUUCACCCAGGAAGCAGGGUAUCUGACAGCAGUCUACCGCAACGCGUUCCUCGACUUUGGCGAGAUCUUCCCAUUCUUGAGCGCAGACGGGCAGCGAGACGUCGUGAAGCAAGUGCUUGAGCUGUGCCCGACGAACAAGAUCAUGUGGUCGACUGAUGGCCACUUCUGGCCGGAAUCCUACUAUCUCGGCACCAUGCAAGCUAGACAGGUGUUAUACGAGGUGUUGGAGUCUUCCAUGCGUCGUGGAGAGUUGACGCUCGGCCAGGCAACGAGCAUCGUCAAAAGUGCAUUCUUCGACACCGCGAACAAAGUGUACAACCUAGGUCUUCUGCCGCACGUUGUAUGAUUACGGGUAUAAGGGUGUUCCGACG